AGGGCAUAUGCGUGAUGACGUCUAUUUUUUCCGGAGGGACUGUAGUCGGCGGUGUAUACUAGUCUUGCGUAUGACAGUUGGCAAAAGCAAGUAGGAUAUCUUUCACUAUAAACAACCAGAAAUGUUAACAUCUAUGAUGAAGCAACUGAACGUGGAGCGAGAACAUCCUGCGGGUGCUGGAUCCUAGAGCGAGAGUGAGUACUGGCCCUGUCUUUUUUUCACCAGCGCCUCCUAUGCUGACCUGCUGCCCUGCCAGUUUGCAAGGCUGUGAGAGUAAGAGUUUGGCGGUAGAGGUGGGUGAGGAGGGUUGGGGUAUCUGACAACCAGAGGGAGGACACUGACAGCCCAGCCAGAUGUCCUCGCCCUUCGUGCCUGUACCUGUCUCCAUCAGAGAUAGGACCCUGCCAGGGGCCAAUGGGAAGCCCAGGCGGGGCCCUCAGAGGACCUCAUCUUUGAACAGUGUCUCCAGCAGCUCUGAGUCCUCCUCCACUAGAGGCCCCGGGGAUGAGAUCCUGGGCCCUGGCCGUGACCCUGGGAGGAGAGGGAAUCGAGUCGGAGGGCCUCGAUCCCAAAGCUCAGAGAGAGGCUGCUGCUUCACUUCUCCACCCUCCCUGUUGCAGUGUCAGAGCCCAGUGACCCGGGCCAGGCUGAACGGGCUGGGGCUGGACCCCACGGUGGAGUACUCCACCUCCUCCCGGACGAACAUGGAUCAGGAAUCACCACCAGGACCUCCAGGGUCCUCAGCCUGGGAAGAGAGGCCCAUCACCCCCACCGUGCUGGGCUACGAGGUCAUGGAGGAGCGGGCCAAGUUGACGGUGUAUAAGGUCCUGGUGAGGAAGACUCAGAAUGAAAGUUGGGUGGUUUUCAGAAGAUACACUGACUUCUCCAGACUCAACGACAAGCUAAAGGAGAUGUUCCCAGGGUUCAGACUUUCUCUGCCUCCAAAGCGCUGGUUCAAAGACAACUACAACUCUGACUUCCUAGAGGACAGACAGCUGGGCCUGCAGGCCUUCCUACAGAACCUGGUGGCACACAAAGACGUUGCCAACUGCAUAGCAGUGCGAGAGUUCCUGUGUUUAGAUGAUCCACCAGGUCCUUUUGACAGUCUGGAGGAGAGCCGGGCAUUCUGUGAGACUCUGGAGGAGAGUAACUAUCGUCUGCAGAAAGAGCUGGUUGAGAAGCAGAGAGAGAUUAGCUCCCUCAAGAAGAGACUGGAGGAGAAGGUCCGUCACAUCCACCUUCUGGAGAAGCGCCUCAGCGGGGAGUCUCUGACCCCAGAGAGCCAGAGUGGGUUGUCCGCUCAGGGCAGUGAUAGCAGCGUAGACGCAGAUGGGGACGUGGAGUCAUCAACCGCCGAGGCAGACCAGGACAUUAUGUCAGAGGAGAACGGGAAGUGUGAGGCCCACCCGUCUCUGCGUCUCUCAGGGUGUUGGUGUGGGCCUGCCACAGGCAGCUCUCCGCCUGUCAUCGAGGUGACCCAGGUGUGUGACGCUCGGCUGGAGCACUGAGCCACCUGGGACAACUCUGCUCUUCCCUCAAUUCACCCCCUCCUCCCUCCUUCAUGACUGUGAUCACUGUUACUCAAGGAUCUUGGGACUGAAACAUUCUGAGGGUGGGCCUUUGGACGUGACCCCCCCCCCCCCUUCCAAACAUUGUUUAGUUUGUUGGCAGGAUAGCUGAUCAACCCCCUGCCUUGCUGCUCAUUUAGACUUCCACAGACCCUGGCCACUGUUUUUCAGAGAGAAUAUGAAUUGGGUGGUGGCACUUUAUUCAGUAACACCCCCAGGUCAUCCCAGCUGCCAGUUAAUCUGACUGGACUCAAUGAUACUGACAGGAGCAGAGUAGGGACACUUUAUCCCGUAACACUCCUUCAAUGGUUGAUUUGUCCCCAUGAAGUUGUGGAUCGAGUAAUUGAGGGACCUUGCAUAGACCUGCAGGGACACUUUACAAUGAAAAAAAUAUAUAUAUAAUAAUAAAAAAAAUGUUUUAACUGAGGGCAGUCCUCAGAUUCACCUAGUCCAUUUGCUAAUCUAAGCUUGAAGACCAUACAUCCACCUCAGAAUGGUGCAAUCAGACCACGUAGGAGGAAUGCAUACAUCUAAUGAACUGGGAACUGUAGCUAGUACUGUAGCUCAUUAGUUUAGUUCUUGGGGUUAGUUGGUUCCACACCUUAUCUGUAUGAAACAGGUUUCCAGAGCCCCCAGAUCCUGUGGUCUCCCAGCCAAAGAGUGGAUGUGUCUGGAAUGACACCCUAUAUAGAACAGAGCCAUAUGGGUCCUGGUCAAAAGUAGUGCACUGAAUAGCCGAUAGGGUGCCUUUUCAGACACAACCAAAACCUGGAGAGGGACUCUAACACCACCUUAAAGCCGAUUGGAUAAUUGGGUCUUGCAAUAUGAUGAACCAUAUGAAAAUCCAUAGACCGAGAAAUGGAACCUCGCAAAGCUUGACUACUACAGCACCUCUGCGGCUAUAGUAGGUAUGGCCACAGACGAUGACUGGACAAGGCGCAUGGGAAUAUUCUGCCGGUCAAUGAUGUGUUCAAGAUGGCAGGGAUUAACAUGUCAUUUCCUGUUAUUAUAAAGGUCAAGGCUGUUAUGGGGUGGUUGGCAGAUAUUUGGAGAAUGAUAGAGCUCAUAUAUGUUUUAGCUUGUCUACUAAUAUUGUCCUUGUAGUCACAUCUCAUUGCUUUAUACUGCCCAUCUGGCAUACAGUAUCUUCAACAAAAGUAGAACAGAAAGUAUUUGUGGGGGUGGUACAUCAAAUACAUGUUUUGUGUGUUAUUUUGGUUCUGUGAUAGUUUAGAUUUUUGACCCUACACAUUGUUGAACUGACAUUUUGUUGAUUUGCCCCCGUUAUGUUUGAUGUCAUGCGUUGCUUGCACUACUAAACCUCGUCAUCUCUGAAUGUCUAAACACAGAGUGAACCUUAACAUAUCAGUCUACGGGCCCCGUUGGAGAGAGCAUUGACAUCCUUAGUGUUCAGACACCUCUUGUUUAUCAUGUCAGUCCCACAUUCCAUGAAAUCAUAUAUUUUAUGCCCAUGUUAACCUAAUUUCUAAUACACAAGAAAUGUAUUUUGCCUAAAUACAUUAGCAGAAGAACCCCAUUGAAAACAGAUAAAUGUGGCUGAAUGCUACAUGCCAGAGUCAUAAAGAGAUACUGUAUAUUGCUCUGCUAUUCAUGUUCAAAAGGACAAAAUAUAUAUUUUUUAAUUGUCCACUGAUACAUGCUGAUAUGAUUGGUGGAUGGAAUCAUGAAUAUAUCAAUGUUGAGCAGAAUGACCCCUGUCUGCAUGGAAUCGGUUUCCUCAAACUAACCAGACCACUAUCACUGACCUCACUGCCUGUAAACUACGGGUAUUCAAAUCCUAGAAUUAAGGAUUCCAUUCUAUGGUUCCGGCUCCCUUGUGAAUGUCACUUUUGUCUUUGUGAAUGCAUGCGAGAGAGAAUAUAUUGACCACACUCAAUCACGAUAAGCCAUAAUCUGAGCACAUUGAGUGUACACUAACAUCCCAAAAAGCAAUUCUCAAUACAGUACAAUGUAUACACUGAGUGUACAAAACAUUAAGAACACCUUCCUAAUAUUGAGUUGCAUCCCUUUUUGCCCUCGGAACAGCCUCUUUGUCAGGACAUGGACUCUACAAGGUGUCAAAUGUUCCACAGGGAUGAUGACUCCAAUGCUUCCCACAGUUGUCAAGUUGGCUUGAUGUCCUUUAAGUGGUGAACCAUUCUUGAUACACAGUGUGGAAAAACCCAGCAGCGUUGCUGUUCUUGACACAAACCAGUGUGCCUGGCACCUACAACCAUACCCCGUUCAAAGGCAUUUAAAUAUUUUGUCUUACCCAGUCACCUCCCUGAAUGGUGCACACACAACCCAUGUCUCUAGGCUUAAAAAUCCUUCUUUAACCUGUCUCUUCUCUUCAGCUACACUGAUUUAACAGGUGACGUCAAUAAGGGAUCAUGGCUUUCACCUGGAUUCACCUGGGCAGCACGUCAUGGAAAGAGCAGGUGUUCUUAAUGUUUUGUGCACUGUGUGUAUAGUACUAUGGACUGUGAGUACACCAUUUCUCAAAAUGUCACAUGUUGGUGUGUUUUGUUUCUUGUUAUGAGCUGAGAGCUUUCACAGACAGCUUUAGCUCCUAUCUCUAUUGCAGAGUUUAUGUUUGGGACUUGGCCAGUAGUGGCUGUAUGAUGCACUUUAUGUAUGUAUGUACUGUAUGACAUAGGAGCAUGUUGCUAGCUUGGUUAGCAUAGCCUCCAUUUUAUAACAGCUUAUUGGAAGCAGAGUGCCUUUUCUGUUGUUUUUUUGUUUGUUUGUUUUUUCAUACACGCUGCGUUGCUUUCCAUAUUACUUGUGGUUGAUAUUGGCUCAAUGUUCAUCCCACAUAUUUGUGUAGUCCCUCAAACUAAUUUGAAGUGCCUUGAGUUUCUGCCACUUGCUUUUGAUAUUGCUCUAGUCCACUUUUAGCUCCAUAGAUUUUAGUGUGAAAUGUGAAGAGAGAAAAAUUAUCAUAGAAUUAUUUUGAUGGAAAGAGGUUUAAAUUACAUUUCCUUUUGUUUUGAACUAGUUUUAGUGUCACGUUAAAGUUGAACACAUGGCUAGUGUCCUGUGGACAAAAUCAAGUAUGAACUGUGGUUGGUAUGUAACAACUGUUAUUAAAAUCAAUGUGAUUUGUUGUCGGAAUCAUUUUGUGUGCUUAAAGGAAUAGUUCACCCCCAAAAAAUGUGUUUGUUAGAUCAAACCUCAUAAUUACUUUAAAGUCAAGCAUUUUCCAAUACAUAGCUGUUUGUGGACAACUACUUAAUCCUGCGAUUUCUCUUUUAGUGAUCAUUUGGUGAUAGCCAUGUUUUGUUUUGGUGAUUUUAUGCAUACAGUUUUAUCUGGGAAAAAUGGUCAAAUGACGUAGGUUUAGUUUUUUUCUAAACUGUGGGCUGUAGCUGUUAGUUGGGUUCUGUUCAGAACAAUGACUUGUCUUUAUGCAGCCAUGAUCCUUUCAUGCGUGACCUUUUCAAAAGACAAUAAAUAUUUUUCAAUGAAAAACAUUAAACAUAUUUAACCAGUU